GAUCAUCCAAUUGCACGCAAAUCUCGGAAACACCGCUCUCUCUCUCUCUCUCUAGAUGAACCUGCUUCUCCUUAGCUCCUCCGCCUCCGCCGCCGCCGCCGCGCUCCGCCGAGUCGACGCCGGCUCCCGCUCCUCCGAUCUGGCUUGACUCUCCGGAUCGAUUUUUUUCUUUUUCCUUCCCACAUGCAUCCCUUCUGCUGCGUCACCACGGUCUCCGAUCAGAAGGCUUCCCACGCUCUGCCCUCCCAUUUCUCCAUGGCCGCCGUCGCCGGUCAGGCCGGGCCCGAUCCGCCCGCGCGAUCCGCCGGCCACGUCCACGCCGAGGACCACCGCAACGGCGACCACCGGCCGAGCGCGAUCCCCGCCAUCGCCGUCCCCGGGGCCGACGCGGCCGCGAGGGAGCAGCCGGCGCUGGACGUGAAGAUAAACGACAUCGUAGGGAACGGGAUAUCGGGGAUACUGUACAAGUGGGUGAAUUACGGCAAGGGAUGGCGGCCGAGGUGGUUUGUGUUGCAAGACGGCGUGCUGUCGUAUUAUAAGAUCCACGGGCCUGAUAAGAUCGUCGUUAAUCAAGAGACCGAGAAAGGAUCGAAAGUUAUCGGUGAGGAGUCCUUGAGGAGGGUCUCUCGGCGGUCGACGGCUGGGCCGUCGCAGCUUCGGCGCAAGCCGUUCGGUGAAGUCCAUCUCAAGGUCUCAUCUAUCCGCGAAAGCAGAUCGGAUGACAAGAGGUUUUCGAUAUUUACUGGAACAAAGAGGCUGCAUUUGAGAGCAGAAACUCGAGAAGAUCGACUUGCGUGGAUGGAAGCACUGCAGGCUGUCAAGGACAUGUUUCCUCGAAUGUCUAACAGUGAGCUCAUGGCCCCCAUGGAUAAUGCAAUUGUUUCCACUGAAAAGUUGAGACAGCAUCUUCAGGAAGAGGGUGUCCGUGAAGCUUUAAUCCAGGAAUGUGAACAGAUCAUGAGAGAUGAAGCUGCAGCUAUGCAGGAUCAGGUGUUGCUUCUCAAGCAGAAGCAGCGGCUACUAAUUGACACUCUCCGGCACUUAGAGACAGAAAAAGUUGAUCUGGAGAACACAGUCGUCGAUGAGAGCCAAAGACAGUAUAAUGAUCAUGAGGCUUCUUCUUUGAGGCAAAAUAAUUCCAGUGCAGAGGCUAGUGCAAGUGAAUCUGAUGAUGAUAAUGAAAGAGCAGAUGCUGCAGAAGAAGAAACAGAGGAUGAGGACAAUGCCUUCUUUGAUACUCGGGAUUUUUUGUCAUCUAGUUCUUUCAAGAGUAGUGGGUCUGAUUUGCGCAGAUCAUCUUCUUCAGAUGAUGAAGGCCUCUACAUUGCUGAAUCUGAAGAUGAUAUUGAUCCUUCCAUAAGCUCAGCCGGGUUGAAUUUUCCAUAUGUCAAGCGACGUAAGAAAUUGCCUGAUCCCGCUGAGACAGAGAAGGGCGUCAGUCUUUGGUCUAUGAUAAAGGAUAACAUAGGGAAGGACCUCACGAAAGUAUGUCUUCCUGUUUACUUCAAUGAGCCUCUUUCUUCUUUACAGAAAUGCUGUGAAGAUUUGGAAUAUUCUUAUCUCAUUGACCGGGCAAAUGAAUGGGGGAAGAAGGGUAACAGCCUUAUGAGGAUUCUUAAUGUGGCAGCUUUUGCUGUAUCUGGAUAUUCUUCAACUGAAGGAAGAAUUUGCAAGCCGUUUAAUCCAUUAUUAGGGGAAACAUAUGAGGCUGACUUUCCGGAUAAAGGCCUACGUUUCUUCUCAGAGAAGAUCUUUUUGGAAGUCAGUGGGCGUGCUAAAUCUGAAUUCACAAUUUCGUGUCAGGUCAGUCAUCAUCCCAUGAUUGUUGCAUGUCACUGUGACGGUACUGGCUGGAAAUUCUGGGGAGACAGUAAUUUGAAAAGUAAAUUCUGGGGCCGUUCAAUACAGCUUGACCCCGUUGGUGUUUUGACCUUGCAAUUUGAAGACGGUGAAGUUUUCCAGUGGAAUAAGGUGACAACAUCCAUCUACAAUCUCAUAUUGGGAAAACUUUAUUGUGACCAUUAUGGAACUAUGCGCAUACAAGGCAAUCGUGACUAUUCGUGUAAGUUGAAAUUCAAGGAGCAGUCUAUUAUCGACAGAAAUCCUCACCAGGUACAUGGUAUAGUUCAAGAUAGGAGUGGGAAGACCGUGGCAACUUUAUUUGGAAAAUGGGAUGAAAGCAUGCAUUACAUAAUCGGAGACUGCUCUGGGAUAGGGAGAGGAUCUGACUCAUUAUCUGAAGCCCGCCUACUAUGGAAACGUAGCAAGCCUCCUAAAUAUCCUACAAGAUACAACUUAACACGCUUUGCCAUAACGCUGAAUGAGCUUACCCCUGGGCUCAAGGAGAAGUUGCCACCUACAGACUCAAGCCUUAGACCUGAUCAGAGAUACUUGGAGAAUGGGGAGUAUGAAAUGGCAAAUUCAGAGAAGUUGAGGCUAGAGCAGCGUCAACGGCAGGCCCGGAAAAUGCAAGAGAGGGGCUGGAAACCACGGUGGUUUGCGAAGGACAAGGCAACUGAUACAUACAAGUACAUCGGCGGGUAUUGGGAGGCUAGAGAUCGCAGAAAUUGGGAAUCGUGUCCCGAUAUCUUUGGCCAGGUUCCUUCAGAGCAACUAGAAUAGGAGCUCUCUCUCUCUCUCUCUCUCUCUCUCUCUCUCUCUCUCUCUCUCUCUCUCUCUCAAAUCGUUGAUUCUUUCUCAAGUUUUCUCAAUGGCUGGCAAUUGACAAGUUUGGAUGGCAGUUUUGCGGCCAAUGUGAUUGCUUGAGAUUAGAAGCUAAUAAAAGAAAGCAGCAAGGACUAUCCAUUAUGCCGAUAAUCGAGUCUAGCAUUGUGAUUUUACCAUGCCAGGAAAGAAGCACUUGAUUUCUAGUUUGAGAUUGUAUCAGCCUUUACUAGUUCCGCUCAACAUCCAUUCGAUGCCCCUCCCAACUAAUGUUUGUUAUUGAGUUGAUCAUUGUAACUUGUCUUUUUCUUUUUCUUUCUUACUGUUUUUCAUGUAAAGCGCAGCCUUUUCUCUUCUUAUUGGUUAUCCUCAAUUCAGUGAGGAUAUCGCUGCCAUGUACGCACGAUUUUUUCUACAAAUAGUAUUAUACAAAGAGAGAGGAACAAGGACAGAUUUAUUGGUGGAUGUUCCCUUGAAAAAUGCAGCAUUUUGUUUGCUA